AUGGAAGUACCAACAUCAUCAUCAUCAUGUCCUGAGUAUAAAGAAUACGCCAAAGUCUUCCAUGGACCAGCCAGUUCAGGAUCAUUGAAACUUCCAUUCCAACGUCCUAUUGAAGCAUGUCGAACAUUUACCAGUAAAGUGAUUGACCAAGCGGUUGAUUUUGUUGCCUCCAAAAUAGCCAAUGCUGAUCUGGCACGCCUGUUCACCAACACUUUUCCCAAUACAUUGGACACCACCGUCAGUCAAACAGCCUGUUUAACCAAUCAAACAGAUAACUGUCAUCCAUUGAGCUUUGUGAUCACAGGAGAUAUCAAUGCCAUGUGGUUACGUGAUUCUGCCAAUCAGAUGAUGCCUUACUUGAAUUAUAUACCUCAAGACUAUUCACUGAAACGUUUGUUUUUGGGUACCAUCUACCUUCAGGCCCACUUUAUUUCCAUUGAUCCCUAUGCCAACGCGUUCCAUCCAGGUCAGAAUAUGCAACAGUGGUCCAUCAUGCAAACCCCAAAUCCCUCUAAACAUCAUGGAUUUUCCCCUGGAGGUAUACCUGAAGUCGCCGACUAUAAAUGGGAAAUCGAUUCUUUGGCCUCCUUUUUCAGUCUUUCUUUUCAGUAUUGGCAAACCACACAGGAUCGUUCUUUUAUUGAUUCUCCCAUCUGGAUGAAUGCCGUGGAAACAAGCAUCAAUCUCUUACUCAACGAACAACAUGGUACCUUUGAUCCUAAGACAGGAGACGUCUUGCCAGUGAAUGAACGAUAUUCUCAAACUACACGACAACCUGCAGAUACACAAUUUCUAGAAGGACGUGGUCAACCUAUCAAACAAACAGGCAUGAUCAGAACACUCUUCCGACCUUCCGAUGAUGCAUGUGUGUUUCCCUUUUUUGUACCUGGUAAUGCCAUGAUCUCGGUGGAAUUAGAUCAUCUCAGUCAAUUGAUUCGUGAUAAGAAUGCUACCUUGGCUAAUCAAGCUAGUCAACUGUCCAAAGAUAUUCGUGAAGCUAUUUUCAAGUAUGGUGUGGUGGAUCUACCAGAUCAUGGAAAAGUAUUUGCUUAUGAAGUGGAUGGAUAUGGAGCACAAUUAAUCAUGGAUGAUGCCAAUGUACCGUCGUUAUUAUCUUUACCAUUAUUGGGUUUUGUUCCUGUGGAUGAUCCAAUUUAUCAAAAUACACGACGGCUUGUUUUAUCCAAAGGUAAUCCAUAUUAUUAUGAAGGUCCUAGCAUGUCAGGUAUUGGUAGCCCUCAUGUCCCUUUGAAUUAUGCUUGGCCUAUGUCUCAAAUCGUCAGAAUCAUGACUUCAAAAGAUGAUACUGAAAUCAAAGAAACCUUGGAUUUAUUAUUACGAACAACGGCCGGAACAGGCUUGAUUCAUGAAUCUAUCUAUAUUCUUGGAAAUCCGACGGAAAAAGUUCCCUAUACUAGAUCAUGGUUUGGUUGGGCAAAUUCAUUAUUUGGUCAAGCUAUCAUUCAAUUGGUCAAAGAAAAACCUCACCUUCUUGCUUAG